GCCCCAGGACGAGCACGAGCUUCACCUGCCCGGCGACUCGCCGUCCUCGGCCUCCUCGGCCCUGGAUGGCGGGGGCCCCCGGGGGCCUCUGCCGCUGAUCCAUGGCGUGGAGAAGCUUAAGGCCGCCCUGCUCGACAGCACGGCCGCGCAGCGCAAGACGGUCUACACCCGGGUGAGGCACGGGCUCAAGAAGCAGAUGUCAAAGGAUCCGGACAUGUGGUCCUGGUUCCAGCAGCUGCUGCUGGACGCGUUCGACGGCCUGUGGGACGACGUGGAGGACGAGGUGGAGCACCUGCUCGAGAGGGGCGUCUUCAAGCAGCGCGAGGAGUUGCGCCAGCCGCAUCUGGGCUCCGGGCUGCCCAUCGCCCGCGCGCGCGCCUUCCUUCCAACGGUUUCGCCCCUCGCCAGGGGUUGCCGCGUGGCGAGUAGGAGUGGAAUCAUAUU